CCAAAGUCUCACUUCUCUCUUUUUAAUUUUUUUUCUGAAUUUUCUUUUUUAAACUAAAAAAACUCCACUUACGUCUAUCAAUCAGAAAUCCCUAAAACCAGAACUCAUCUCUUUCGAAAUCUCUGUGGGAACUAUGACUGUAUCUUCUUCGUCAUCAUCGAAGAAGCAAGGUGUUGGAUUACCAGCACUAGAUGUCUCUCUUGCAUUUCCACAGGCAACUGCAGCGUCAGUCUUCCCUCCAACUGCUUGGGAUUAUUAUUUAUCCGAUGAUUUAUUGACUCCUGAGGAACAAGCUCUCAGGAAAAGGAUCAGAGAUGUUAUGGAAACUGAAAUCGCUCCUGUUAUGACCGAGUACUGGGAGAAAGCGGAGUUCCCAUAUCACCUUAUUCCAAAGCUUGCUACAUUGAAAGUGGCAGGUAGCAGCAUUAAGGGUUAUGGGUGUCCAGGACUAUCUAUUACCGCAAGUGCUAUUGCAACUGCAGAGAUCGCUAGAGUUGAUGCCAGCUGUUCUACUUUUAUUUUGGUGCAUUCUUCUUUGGCGAUGCUCACAAUUGGUUUGCUAGGGUCGGAGGAACAAAAGGAGAAGUAUUUACCCUCUAUGGCUGAUUUACGUCUCAUUGGCUGCUGGGGAUUAACAGAACCUGAUAAUGGAAGUGAUGCAAGUGCUUUAAAAACGACGGCGACAAAGGUAGCUGGAGGUUGGUUAAUCAAUGGACAAAAACGAUGGAUAGGAAAUAGUACUUUUGCUGACGUAUUGGUUAUUUUUGCGAAGAACACAACUACGAAGCAAGUAAACGCGUUCAUCCUUAAAAAGGGAUCUCCUGGUCUGUCGGCUACUAAAAUAGAAAACAAAAUUGGUUUGAGGAUGGUUCAAAAUGGGGAUAUUAUAAUGAAGGAUGUCUUUGUCCCUGACGAAGACAGGUUGCCCGGUGUCAAUUCUUUCCAGGAUACAAACAAGGUGCUUGCUGCUUCACGUGUUAUGGUUGCUUGGCAACCAAUUGGCAUAUGCAUGGGUGUCUAUGAUAUGUGCCUCAGAUAUUUGAAGGAGAGAAAACAGUUUGGAGCACCAUUGGCAGCAUUGCAACUCAACCAAGAGAAACUUGUUCGCAUGUUGGGUAAUGUUCAAGCCAUGUUUCUUGUUGGAUGGCGCCUAUGCAAAUUGUAUGAGUCAGAGAAGAUGACAAUCGGUCAAGCCGGCAUGGGAAAGGCAUGGAUUAGCUUGAGGGCAAGGGAGACAGUUGCCCUUGGGAGAGAGUUACUUGGUGGAAAUGGAAUUUUGGCUGAUUUCUUAGUUGCAAAGGCAUUCUGUGAUAUAGAGCCUAUAUACACUUACGAAGGUACUUACGAUAUCAACUGUUUGGUAACUGGAAGAGAAGUAACUGGUAUUGCAAGUAUCAAGCCUGUUAUAAAACAUAGCCGAAUGUAAGUAAACCUCUUGCACAAUUUCCCACGUUGAAUUUCCUUUGCUCCAUCCACGAACAAAAUUAAUAAAUUGUAGAUUCUUCUUUGUUUCAAAAGAAUGCAGAAGAAUAUGUACUUGAUGUUAGUCGGGUGUAAUAGAGAAUGUGAUUAGUAUUGUGUUCUAGGAAUCAAGCUAGCUCUGAAUAAAUAAAUAACUCAUUAAAUCUGAAGCCGCUUACAGGCUUCGUCAAUUUUAAAAUUUGUAGUCUGCAUUAUAAAUUGAACACCUCCAGGCA